AACAUCGAGUCGUCGACGUCCAGACACGAGAGCCUCGACAGCCCCGCUGUCGCCCCGCGUCGCAAUUUACGACCAAAUCGAAGGUCAAGAUUUGCCAGACAUCUCCUGCGAGUUGAUGCUAUUUCCACUCCACGUCCUCGGUCCCAUCGACACAAAAAGCUUCCCACGAUCCCGCGAUCCCCACCGUCGCCUCGUAUCUCCCGUCUCCCAGAAAAUCGCCGCCUCGUAAACCACGAAAGCCCCGCGACCGCCGCCGUUCUCGAGAUGUUGAAGCUCUCGUGGAAUGCCGCGGACCAUGCUCAGGCCCUGUCCCAAUGCAGAUUCCUGGAAGGGCCGAGGCCCGGGCUCCUCGCUUCCGGGAGGAGAGCCGCCGCCGCGACCGUCUCUUGCUGCUCCUCCCCGGCGAGCAAAGCUCCGGCCUUGGCGGUCGUCUCCGACGGGUUGGCCCGGGUCGAGCCCGGGUCGGGCAGCUUGGCGGACCGGCUCAGGCUGGGCAGCUUGACCGAGGACGGGCUGUCGUACAAGGAGAGGUUCAUAGUGAGGUGCUAUGAGGUGGGGAUGAACAAGACGGCCACCGUCGAGACCAUCGCCAAUCUGUUGCAGGAGGUUGGGUGUAAUCAUGCUCAGGGUGUUGGAUUUUCAACCGAUGGAUUUGCGACGACCACUACGAUGCGGAAAAUGAAUCUCAUAUGGGUUACUGCCCGCAUGCAUAUUGAAAUAUACAAAUACCCGGCUUGGAGUGAUGUGGUGGAAAUAGAGACAUGGUGUCAAGGAGAAGGCAGGAUCGGAACUAGACGAGACUGGAUACUCAAGGACUAUGCAACUGAUCGAGUAAUUGGAAGAGCUACUAGCAAGUGGGUCAUGAUGAAUCAAGAAACUAGAAGACUCCAGAAAGUCAGCGAUGAUGUUCGUGAUGAGUAUCUGAUUUUCUGUCCACGAGAAUCGAGAUUAGCGUUCCCAGAGGAGAACAAUGGCAGCUUGAAAAAAAUAGCUAAGCUGGAAGACCCUGCUCAGUAUUCAAGGCUGGGGCUUGUUCCUAGACGAGCUGAUCUGGACAUGAACCAACAUGUCAACAACGUCACCUACAUCGGAUGGGUUCUAGAGAGCAUGCCUCAAGAAAUUAUCGACUCCUAUGAACUGCAAACGAUCACACUGGAUUACAGGCGUGAGUGUCAGCACGAUGAUGUCGUCGAUUCGCUGAGCAGUCAUGAACCAGACGAGACCUUGGAGGCCAUCUCGCAGCUCAAUGGAACCAACGGAUCAGCUGUAUCUCCGGCGACAGAAGAUUAUCGCCAGUUUCUCCACUUACUCAGGUUGUCUGGUGACGGCCUAGAAAUAAACCGUGGCCGCACCCAGUGGAGAAAGAAGCCUAUGAGGCGUUGAGCCUGGUGGCUUUCAGGAUGCGUUGAAUCAGUCCCAGCCAAGUCGGAGGAAUCAGAGGAAAAGAAAAGCAUCUUCUAGACACAAACUUCCGGGACUAUUAACAUAGCGGAUCUUUAUUAGAAACGCCAUCGGCUGUAAAAAUUUAGGUUCACAGGAAAGGUUUGGUUGGUGACCAAGGGACAUUUGCAAAAGAAUCUGGGUCGUUUUCCAAUGUACCUCGAUACCAGUAAGAACAGCGCCCGUGGAGAUAGUACUUCUCGAUUUUAACUUCCUUGCGAUAAUGAAAGGCCGAAUUCUUGACGAAACUACAUUAUUGGUUUUACUGACAUCGUUUGAACAGAAAGCGUCCUAUGUUGGACUUCACAAACGAGGAAUGCGUUAUUAAGUGAAAAGAGAAGGCACAUGAUUAUAAUUGGUAAAAAAGGAUUCAAAUUGCAGAA